CUCCACUCGGCAGGCCUACCGGUACUGACCCCGCACGCACGCACGGACAAUUUGUACUAUACGUUGGAGACAGAGUAUAUCAUGACACAGUCCGCAAAAGAAGCCGACAUGGGCUGAUAACGCAGGACUGCGGGGUAUAUAUAUAUGCUCGGAAAGCGCAACGAGGUAAUCGGGAAAGCAACAAUUCUCCAACCAUGCCCGUAUCCAAGUCCGAUUCAAUCAUCAUCGUUGGUGGGGGUGCCUUUGGCCUCUCAACAGCCUUCAAUCUCUCGCAGAAGGGCUACACCAAUAUAUCGGUCUAUGAGAAGGAUGACCAUAUCCCUCCCAGAUUUUCGGCGGCCAAUGAUCUGAAUAAGAUUGUGCGCGCUGAAUAUGAGGACCCGCUGUACUCGGAUUUGACGAUUAAAUCAAUAGCAGCUUGGAAGUCCCCGCUGUUCGCGCCAUACUUCCACCAGACAGGCUUUCUCCACUGCGUGUCUGGAGAAGCCCCUGAGAAAGCCGUCGGUACGCUCGACAGAUUUCAAGCAUCCGCCGAGGGCCACGAAACGAUAAAACCCCAUGUUGUGCCUAUCAAUGAUACCAAAGACGUUCGAACAGCCUGCUGGCAGCUCGACGGGCCUCUCCCGGGUUGGCAUGGCUACCUCAAUCGCUUCGACGGGUAUGCCCACUCUGGAAACGCGCUGGCGGCAGUAUAUCGCGCAACCCAAGCCGCCGGAGUUCGCUUUUACCUCGGCGAGCAAGGAGCUGUCAAAGAGAUUGUAUAUGUGAGCGCCCUGCGGGGUCGGAAAUGCGCUGGAAUCCGCACCAAGAACGGCCGCUUUCACCCAUCGUCGCUUGUGAUUGUUGCCGCCGGAGCGGGUGUCUCUAGGCUCCUUCCCGACAUCGGUUCAUCGGUGGUUGCCAAGUCGUGGUCCGUUGCUCAUGUGCAUCUCACCGAUGACGAGACCGCUGCGCUCCGCGGAAUUCCAGUCGUCUACGCCCGAGAUCUGGGUUUCUUCUUUGAGCCCGACCCAAAGACAAGCCUGUUAAAGCUCUGCCCCAUGGGUGGCGGGUAUAUCAACACCGAUCCCAAGACAGGCGUCUCGCAAGCCCCUCAGACUCUUGAGGAGAGCGCAUUCCUUCCCGAGGAAGACGAGAAGCAACUUCGGAAGCUCCUGGCGCAGACUCUGCCAUCACUUGCAGACCGGCCGUUUGUGAAGAAGUCUCUCUGCUGGUUCGCUGAUACGAGCGACUCGGACUUUAUCGUAGACUAUGUGCCCAACAUGUCCGAGUCUCUUGUCGUUUUGUCCGGUGACUCGGGCCAUGCUUUCAAGAUGUUCCCCCUUUUGGGGUCGUUUGUUACAGAUCUCCUUGAAUCGCAGCAGAGCCAGCAGCCUCUCGCUCGCUGGAGGUGGAAACAGCCGCAGGCGGCUGAUGGUGGCAAAGCGGAUUGGGGUGGUGAUGUGAGCUGGCGUCUUGGGCAGUCUAAGGAGUUGUCUGCGAUCACGCCGGCGAAGGCGAGGCUGUAGUUCUCUUCGUAGGCUUGUUGAUAAUCCACCAAGUUAGCAAAUUAAUCAGUUCGACGUGAAGAAACAAGAUAUGUGCUUGAAUCGCCACGCCUUGCCGAAAUGGAUCUAGAUUCGCAGUACCGCACAGAAUGCGCAAGCAUUGUGUUAGGUAACAG